GCGGGGGCGGGGCCAGGGCUGGGGCGGGUCCUGAUAUAGAGCCCGGCGGCGGGCUAGCAGCACAGCGCAACUGCUGGAGCCCCAGAGCCCCUCGGAUUUCAGUGUUAACCUGUCUCUGCCGUCCCAGCGCCGAGUCCCUCCUGCUGUAGCCGCCGAGUGCUGUCUAGAGCCCCAGCCUGGCCACCAUGAGAGUCCUGAUGACAUGCCUGCUCCUCUGUGUCCUGGUGGUGAGCGACUCCGAAGGCAGCCAUGAACUUCAUCCAGUGUCUGAUGCAUCAAACUGCGGCUGCCUGAAUGGAGGAACAUGUGUGUCCUACAAGUACUUCUCCAACAUUCAGCGAUGCAGCUGUCCAAAGAAAUUCCAAGGAGAACACUGUGAGAUAGAUACAUCGAAAACCUGCUAUCAGGGGAAUGGUCACUCUUACCGAGGGAAGGCCAACACCGACAUCGUGGGCCGGCCCUGCCUGGCCUGGAACUCUGCUGCCGUUCUUCUGAAAGAGUACCAUGCCCUCCGAUCUGAUGCCCUUCAGCUGGGCCUGGGGAAACACAAUUAUUGCAGGAACCCGGACAACCAGAGAAAGCCAUGGUGCUAUGUGCAGGUUGGCUUAAACCAGCUUGUCCAACAGUGCAUGGUGCACGACUGCUCUUUUGGAAAACGUCCCCUGUCGCCUCCAGGAAAAAGUCCCCUGUCUCCUCCAAAAACAGCAGAGUUUCAGUGUGGCCAGAAGGCUCUGAGGCCUCGCUUUAAGAUUAUUGGGGGAGAAUUCACCACCAUCGAGAACCAGCCUUGGUUUGCAGCCAUCUAUAGGAGGCACCGUGGAGGCUCUGUCACCUACUUGUGCGGAGGCAGCCUCAUCAGUCCUUGCUGGGUGGUCAGCGCAACACAUUGCUUCAUUAAUAACCCGAAGAAGGAGGACUACAUUGUCUACCUGGGUCGGUCAAAGCUUAACUCCGAUACACUUGGGCAGAUGAAGUUUGAAGUGGAAAAUCUCAUCUUGCAUGAGGACUAUAGUGCUGACACUCUUGCUCACCACAAUGAUAUCGCCUUGCUGAAGAUCAGAUCCAACACAGGCCAGUGUGCCCAGCCAUCCAGGUCCAUACAAACCAUCUGUUUGCCCCCAUCGUAUGGUGAUGCUCAUUUUGGCACAAGCUGUGAGAUCACUGGCUUUGGAAAAGAGAAUACCACUGACUAUCUCUAUCCAGAGCAGCUGAAAAUGACUUCUGUGAAGCUGAUUUCCUACCAGGAGUGUCAGCAGCCCCACUACUACGGCUCUGAAAUCACCACCAAAAUGCUGUGUGCUGCUGACCCACAAUGGGAAACAGAUUCCUGCCAGGGAGACUCUGGGGGCCCUCUGGUCUGCUCUAUCCACGGCCGCCUGACUCUGACUGGGAUUGUGAGCUGGGGCAGCGGAUGUGCCAUGAAGGACAAGCCGGGCGUCUACACAAGAGUCUCAGGCUUCCUGCCUUGGAUCCAAAGGCACACUGGGGAGCAGAAUGGCCUAGACCUCUGAGGCUCCCCAGGGAGCCAAGGGAAGAGAAGGGUACCACCCACUCCCAUGCUGUCAUUUUUGCAGUAGAACCAUCUGCAUCAGCUAUAUAUAAGGAAGAAACUGAGGAAGAUAGGCUCUGCAGAGAUGGUUUUGCAUGUGCCACCCGCCAGGGUGAGCAACAAUAGCUUUAUCCUUAGAUACAGGCCUGGGUGCUGAGUGCCCAGAUCCCCUGUGGCCAGGAUGGAGGGCUCGUUCUGACCCAGGAUGGUAUUGACCAGUAGUUUGUCUUUUUCGGAACUAAAGCCUCCUGGAGUUAAAAAUGCCAUUUCCUGUGCACAGCUAGAAGGAGAGCCAGCUCCCCCAACAGUGGGCAUUCCUGAGGCCCACUGUUGGGGAAAGGAACAAUUUCUCAAUUAGGAAGUAGAACAGAACUGAGGUCUUUUGAGUGAGCUCGGCCACUGUGGAACAGUGGUUUGGGGAGUGGAGACACUAAUGACUUAGGGAAGGGCUCUGACAUUCCAUGAAUGUAUCAGGAAAUAUUAUAUAUGUGUAUGUAUGUUUGCACACCCGUGCACAGGCUGUGUCAGUGUGAAUGAGUAACAACUGGUAUUCCUGUGUCUGACUGCAAGUCUAGAUAUUUCCCUAAACUGAAUGGACUAUGAUGCCACAUAGAAUGGUCUAUCUGGAGAGGUCAUGGACUCCUAUGUCCUCUUGAGUCUCUCAUGUGAUGCCUAUGAAUGUAUCAUUCUGGGGCAUGGCCCGUGACCAGCACUAAAUUUUCAGUUUCACUUUUACAUAGAUGUUCUUUCUUGGCCAGUUAUUCCUUCUGACCUUUCAGCUGAGUCUAUCCAAUCCUCACUGGGUGAAGUGAGGACCACUCCUAUACACUGAAUAUUUAAUAAUUAUAUUCUGCUAUUUUUAUUUAUAUCUAUUUUUGUAAUUUUGAAUAAAUAUGAUCAAAAAAUGUGA